AUGACUAGUGAAUUAAAGGACCUCAAGAAGCAGGAGAAGCAGAUAAAGUCAACGUUCGAUGGAAUACGAAAGUUCUUGGACCAGUACAAGGCGGAGAGGCAUGAAGCACAAAUUGCUACUAGAUUGGAGAUGUUGGAUGCUUCGAUGAAAAAAUUUUACACCGUUCAACGCAAACUAGAGAUCGUCCAGGAAGAGGAAGACGAGGAGACAAAGGAAACUCCUGAGCAGCGUCUUGAGCGGCAACAAAAACGAGAUGAUGCUAGCGCGGUUCAGACCUACUUUUUUGAAGAUACUUUCUGCGAUCUUAAGGCGAGUUUGAAGUCACUCCUGCCUCUUGAAACCGAUCGUUCCAUCGUCACUUCACAACCUUCAAUUCCUACCAGCAACCUACCGGGAACGAAUCCGCGAGUAAAGUUACCCGAAAUUCGUUUACCUAGUUUUGGCGGACAAACUCGCGAGUGGGUCACAUUUCGCGACACAUUUCGUAGUUUGAUCCAUUUGAAUGACCAACUCUCAACUAUGGACAAAUUCACCUACCUCCGCUCGUCCUUGACUGGAGAUGCUUUUCAAGAGAUUGGCUCUGUAGAUGUGACAGCAGCGAACUACUCCGUAGCGUGGGACUUGCUUCAAAAACGCUACGAAAACAAAAAAUUAAUCGUGAAGGCCCAUCUAGAUGCCUUAUUUAGCAUUGAACCAAUAAGAAGGGAGAGUUUUGAAGCGUUAAGCCAGUUGAUUGCUGAAUACGACCGCAACCUACUUCAACUUGAGAAGAUUGGAGAAGAAACUGGGAGUUGGAGUACUAUCUUAUCUUACAUGGUAUGCUCUCGCCUCGACUCCAGUACCUUACGUCUUUGGGAGGCUCACCACGCAUCAAAAGAGGUUCCUGCGUACGACGAUUUGAUGGAUUUUCUUCGCCAACAAUGCGCUGUGUUGCAAUCCAUUGCCCCUGUCAAACCAAUCAUGAUUGAGCACAAACAUCCUAGGUUUUCCGUCAGCCACACAACGGUCAGAUCAUCAAAUCGUUGUCCCUUUUGCGGUGAUGAGCAACAUUCAGCUUUCAAAUGCCAAAAAUUCCUCAAGAUGAAAGUUCCCGAGCGUCAUGAGAAGGUCAAACGGAAUGGAUUAUGCUUUAACUGCCUUUCUUCGUCGCACAUGCUCCGUGCCUGCACCCGUGGGCAUUGCCGCCAGUGCCAACACAAGCAUCAUACCCUGCUGCAUCCAGUGAAAGUGAACAGUGCGCCUACUCCGAAUAAUCCACACGUGCCGAAUCGACCAUCUGAACUCACCAAUCUACAACAACAACAACAACAACAACAACAACAUCCACAUGCCCAGAACACGACCACACCUACCAACCAGAGAAGUGCACAAUCAAGCUCAUACCCAGUAACACUGCUAUCAAACCCACUACACACCACAGAUCCCCUCUUCAACACACAUGCAUUACCAAUAAACACCUACACCUCAAUUCAUCAAGUCCUCCUGUCAACCGCCUUGGUGCGCGUUACUGAUCAACAUGGAAAUUCUUUGCUUGCAAGAGCACUUCUUGACUCGUGCUCAGAAUAUUGCUUUAUGACUACAAAUCUUUUUAAAAAAUUGGAGCUGGUUGAAGCCUCUAGCUUCCUGUCCGUUGCUGGCAUUGGAGGUUCGGUGGCAAGAUCCAACAAAAGAGUUCACGCCACUAUUCUGCCAAGGGAUGACAACAUCUCAUCUUACCAGAAGAUAAUCGAGCUUCAUGUUCUUCCCAAGCUCACCUCCAAACUUCCAACUCAAUCUGUUAGUUUAGAGCAGCUGAAUAUUCCAGCGGAUAUCACGUUGGCAGAUCCGGAAUUCUACGAACCAGGACCGAUAGACCUCAUCAUCGGAGCGGAGUAUUACUACGAUUUGCUUGCGGAUGGCCGUAGAAAACUGGACGAGGACGGCCCGACUCUGCAGCAGACGGUGUUCGGUUGGGUUAUCUCUGGCCGGGUACCCAACAGUCAUCAGGUUGUUCCAAGAUCUGUUGCCCAUCCAUGCUCAAAUGUUGAGCUUCGAGAGACAUUGACAAGAUUUUGGGAAUUAGAAUCCUGCAUUUCCAAAAGCUUGUUGUCUGUAGAAGAAUCUGCGUGCGAGGAGUUCUACAAUGAAACCACUUAUCGAGAUGAAGAUCAACGCUACGUUGUUUCGUUGCCCAAGAAAGGAUAUCUUAUCGACAAAUUUGGAGAUUCGAGAGCCACAGCACUUCGAAGACUCGAAGGUCUGGAGCGACGAUUAGCGCGGGACUCGGCGCUAAAGCAGCAGUAUUGUGCCUUUAUUCGAGAAUAUAUCGACAUGGGUCACAUGAUUGAGGUAUCAGAAGAACCGAACCAGCUGGCAUACUAUAUGCCCCACCAUCCUGUACAGAAACCUGACAGCACCACCACCAAGUUAAGGGUAGUCUUUGAUGCCUCUUGCCGGACGUCGACGGGGAUUUCUUUCAAUGAGGCACUUAUGGUCGGCCCAGUAGUACAGGACGACCUGCUUUCCAUCGUUCUUCGUUUCCGGUUCCGCAAAAUUGCAAUAGUGGCAGAUAUUGCGAAAAUGUAUCGAAUGAUUCGCAUGAAUCCGUCCGAUCAACCACUUCAGCGCAUCUUGUGGCGGUUUUCUCCAGACGAACCUGUGAAGUCAUACCAGAUGACUACAGUUACCUACGGAACUGCUACGGCGCCAUACUUGGCAACCAAAUCACUUCAACGGUUGGCCGAGGAUGGUGAAAGCAGUUAUCCAGCAGCAGCAGCAGUGAUCAAGAAGGACGUGUAUGUCGAUGAUCUGAUGACAGGAACUGAUGAUCCAGAAGAGGGUGCCCAGCUUGUGUCAGCAGUCAACAUUUUGACUAACUCAGCAGGAUUCGUUCUCCGAAAGUACUGCUCUAAUAGUUCUGAAAUAUUAGCGAACAUCCCUUCAGAGCUGCGAGACGAAAGAACAACACUUGAACUUGAUUCAUCGACUGCAACAGUAAAAACGUUGGGUUUGAUUUGGGAACCAUCAUCGGACAGCUUCAAAUUUGCAACUCCAAGCUGGAAUUCUGCUCCCAUCACGAAAAAAUCUGUUUUAUCCGACAUUGCACGUGUUUUCGACCCCUUGGGAUUGAUUGGACCGGUAGUGGUGCAAGCGAAAAUAUUUUUGCAACAAAUUUGGAAGCACAAGUCUGAUUGGGAUGAUCCGCUUCCAGAUAGCAUGCAAAUUUUCUGGGAGGAGUACCGUCGCAAUUUGAUUGCUUUGAAAUCUUUUUCUGUGCCCAGGUGGACGGGCUAUCUUGCAAACUUGACCAGUGUAGAGCUCCACGGUUUCUGCGACGCUUCAGAAGCAGCGUAUGGAGCAUGUAUCUACCUUCGCUGUAUAUCAGAUAAAGGGUCAAUCACUGUUCGGCUCGUCACAGCAAAAUCUAAGGUGGCACCCUUAGAAGAUUUGGCUCGCAAGAAGAAAAAGCAAUCGAUUCCCAGAUUAGAACUAUCAUCUGCCCUUCUUUUGUCCCACCUGUACGACAAACUGCGAAAAAGUAUUCCGUUCACGAUUUCUGCGUAUUUUUGGACCGACUCCAUGAUUGUGAAGUAUUGGCUCGCUUCACUUCCAUCCCGAUGGCAAUCAUUCGUGGGCAACAGAGUGUCGGAAAUACAACACAUCACCAAAGGCGGAAUUUGGAACCACAUCGCUGGUGCUGAGAACCCGGCAGACAUCAUCUCCAGAGGUAUGAGUCCGGCACAGCUGCAGUACCAGUCACUGUGGCUUGAGGGCCCAAGCUGGCUAAAAUUCGACAGAUCAACUUGGCCAACAGUUGUUGAACACCCAUCAGAAAUCGACAACUCUCUGCUUGAAGAAAAACCAUCAUCAUCCUUGCCGACUCAAGCUCAAUCACCCAGUUUUGUAUUCGAUUUACAUUCCUCUUUGCCACGUCUUGUUCGAAUCGUUGCUCUGCUGAGAAGAUUCAUCCACAACUCCAAAAAGCAGAAUCGUGAUACUAAACGUAUUGGUCAAGUAUCACUAGAGGAAGUGGACGAAGCCCUGAAAGAGCUAGUUAAAUUAUCCCAAGGUGAGACCUUCCCCGAAGAGAUGAAGGCUUUGCGCAGUAACCACGAGAUUAAAACAUCAUCCCCCCUUACUUCGCUGAAUCCUGUGCUCGUGGAUGGAACAAUGCGCGUCGGUGGCCGGCUGCGUCACGCUGCCAUUUCGGAAGACAGGCGACAUCCAUUUAUUCUACACCCGAAACAUCCUUUGACCAAAACUAUCAUGCGUCACUAUCACCUGAAAAACUUCCAUGCGGGGCAGCAAUUGUUGAUAUCGACAGGUCGAGAGCGGUUUUGGCCAAUUCACAUCGACAGUUUGGCUCGCAAAGUAAUAUUCGAAUGCGUUUCGUGCUUCCGGAAUAAACCCAAGGUACAGCAGCAACUGAUGGCAGAUCUCCCACCAGAACGGGUGAAUGCGGACUUCGUUUUCAACAAGGUCGGCGUUGAUUUGUGUGGUCCUUUCUACGUUAAAUACCCAGUUCGAAAAACAUCUCCAAUAAAAUGCUUCGUGGCCAUAUAUGUUUGCCUGGUGACCAAGGCGGUUCACAUGGAAAUCGUUGCUGAUUUGUCGACUCAAUCUUUCCUUGCAUCGUUCAAACGCUUCACAGCCAUCCGGAGCACUCCCAGACUAGUUAUGUGCGACAACGCUAAGAACUUCGUCGGCGCUGAUCGUGAACUUCAAGAAUUGAAGAGGCUCUUCGUAGAUCAACAAUUCCAACAUACCGUUAUCACCGAAGCAGAAGUAGAUGGCAUCGAGUUCAAAUUCAUUCCACCCCGUUCUCCAAACUUCGGAGGCCUUUGGGAGGCGGCCGUAAAAUCGUUCAAGCGGCAUUUUCGAAGAACUGUUGGCAACAAUCCACUCACGUAUGACGAGCUUCACACUGUAGUUCACCAGAUCUCUGCUAUCUUGAAUUCGCGACCGCUAACUCCACUUAGCAACGACCCCGAUGACUACCAAGCGCUUACUCCGGGACAUUUCCUAGUAGGCCGACCCAUCACUGCAUUCCCAGAGCCUGAUCUUCAAGACCUUCCACAAAAUAGACUGUCUCUGUGGCAAGAAAAAGAAAUGUUCGUGCAGCGGAUCUGGCAGAGGUGGUCAACAGAAUACUUAUCUAAUCUACACAACCGUACUAAGUGGACCAAGAAACGCAACAACUUACACGUCGGAACGAUGGUUCUGGUCAUGGAGGAGAAUAUGCCGAAACAAAGUUGGUGUCUAGGCCGUGUUACCAACUGCAUUCCGGGCUCAGACGGACACGUCCGGGUAGUGCUGGUGAAGACGAAGGAUACCACUCUCAAACGGGGAAUUUCUAAAAUAUGCGUCCUGCCAAUUCGGGACAACUUCGAGGAACUACCAUCGCAGAAGCACUAG